GUAUAGUGCAUAGUGCAAAAUUAAAUCAGUCUGUUAACUACCGUUCAAGUCGUGUUAUUUCAGAGUUCUUACGGGGUUUUAAAGUGUAUACAAAUAUUUUACAAGUAUUAUAAAAUUAAGUUAUUUAUUUUACUUUAAUGAACACCGUAGUUCAUUUUUCUACCACUAGUUCUGAUAUUAGCGCAUACGUUAAUAAUUUGCUUAGAUAAAACUAUUUCACACUGUUAUUUAAAGUACAAUAUAUUUUUCUAUAAUUCAUCACCCAUCUAUUCGUUGAAGGGUAAAGUCUUGUUUCGCGAGUUUGACUAGUGUUCAUCAGUUUUCAUCAGACGUAAUCAUGUUCUCGUGUAAUAUAUGUGAUAAAACCUUUACAAUGAUUAAAAAUCUACACAGACAUGCCAAGUCACACGAUGUAUCCAAUAAGAUUUCAUGCAGUAUAUGCUCAGAAAUAUUUACGCGAAAAGAUAACCUCAUCAGGCAUAGCAAGGAUAAACAUCCUUCAAAUAUUGUAGUUCAACAACAACCAACCAUAACCAAGCAAGAAAUUCAAGAUUUUUUUACACCAGCUGAACACAUUUACGAUUAUAAUGUUCAAUCUCGCAAUGGUCAUAAGCGCCCAUAUCAUACGGAAAAUUCGAAUGAAGCAGCAAAUGCUAAAAAGACACGCAUGAGCAUCGUCAAGACACGAGGAUUCAUCAAGACAGGCACAUCGUUAUCGAAUAAAAUCAAUUGGUAUUACGUGAAAAAUACAGAUAACUUGACCAACUACAGAACAUUUUUAGAAUCAACAAAAAAAGACUUAAUAGAACUACUCAAGUCACUAUCAGCAAAACAACCAAUUAAAUAUAAUCUUAAAUUAGAAGCAACAUAUGAACGCCCGAACGUAGAAAAUUCAGCAGAGAAUAGAGCAUUUAAGACCUCAGCUAAGGAAAUGUUUAUAGAUACAGAUAUUGAAGCUAAAAUUAAUCAAGAUUUUGUCAACCUUUUGCUUGAAGAAGAAAUGUAUACUUCUAAAGGAAGUGGAUUUACACUACAAUCAAUAGAUGGUUUACUGUUAGGAGUAUAUAGUUAUUUCCCUAUGGGUGGUUCGUCUUAUAUUACACUUCCAGAGGACAUAAAAAAUAAAAAAGCAAUUAUCAAUCCCCAAAACUCAGACCAACAGUGCUUCAAGUGGGCAAUCAUAGCGAGACACGUUUCGGGUAAUGCCAAAAAUCAAGUGGCUGAAAAUUAUACAUCGCUCGAGGACAAAUAUAAUUUUUCUGGUUUAACAUUCCCAACACCUGUGAGGGAAAUAAAAACAUUUGAAAAAAAUAACCCGAAAAUAUCAGUCAACGUUUAUGGAUUAAAAAAAGAAAAGAAUAAGAAACAUAUUGUUUAUCCACUUAAGGUUGCGGAUGAAGAAAAAAAAUAUCAUUUUGAUCUCUUACUAAUUACUGAUGGUAAUAAAAGCCACUACACCUACAUUUCUAACCUUUCGAGGCUUGUGAGAUCACAAAAAACAUUACACGCCGAAAAUGUUGUAUUUUGCAAACGAUGUUUUACCAGUUUUGACAAUAUACAUACAAAAUAUAAGUUAAAAGGUCAGGCGGGACUUGAACAACACAAGUUGAUAUGUGGAGCACAUAAGCCAAUUCUGCCUAAGAUGCCUGAGCCCGGUACAUUGUUAGAGUUCGAUGGGUGGAGUAACACUGAAAGACAUCCGUUCGCGAUAUAUGCCGAUUUCGAGGCACUCCUUGUUAAAUGCGAAGAAAAAAAGGCAAAAAAACAGCAGCUUUUCAAAAGCACGAGCCAAUGAGCUAUGGAGUAUUCGUAAAGGCUUCAGAAAACGUCCCCAUUGAGUUGCUUGAGAAAUAUGAGAUACCAACAUCACCUAUUAUUAAUCGCGGAAGCGAGUCACACCAGGAUGUAGCCAAGCGUUUCGUUGAUGAAGUGACAGAGAUCGCGAGAAGAGUUCAAGAUUUACUUAAAACAAAUAAACCCAUCAUAA